UCAUAUGCGAGGUGAAAAAGAAGAAUGGUGACGACUACCCGGGGGAGACACUUCAUGAGCUUGUCAUCAGUAUUCAGCUCUAUUUUGAUCUAAGGGGCAAAAGCUUUUGUCGGACCCGGACUUCCUACAGCUGAGAAACACUCUUGAUGGACUCAUGAAAGAACGAGUGAAGGUGGGUUUGGGAAUACGUCGCAAGCAAGCUGAGGAGAUAACACUUGAAGAGGAGGAGUCACUGUGGCAAAAGCAGAUUCUUGGCAGUUCCAGUCCCAGCCAGCUUCUGAACACGCUGAUCUAUUUGAUUGGCUUGAAUUUUGCCCUACGUGGAGGUCAGGAGCACAGAAACUUGCGCUGGAAGUCUCCGCAACUUCAAAUCCUGAUUGACAGUAAUGGUGACAAGUUCUUGCGAUACACAGAGGAUGCAUUUAAAACCAACCGUCCGUUAGCGCAACCGAGAGGGCAGGUUGGUAUGCUGCUCAGCCUCUUGGACGUCACAAACUGGCCCAAGUUGUUGCAGAGGUGUGCAGGCAAGGUGGCCUCGCCGGUUACCGCACAAAUCACUCUCUUCGAGCCAGUGCAGCUUCACGCCUCUACAGGGAGAAUGUCGACGAACAGCUACUUUGCGAAGUAACUGGCCACAGGUCAAAUGCCAUAAGAAACUACAAGAGGACAUCGGAAAAUCUCAAGCGCAAAAUCAACUCAGUCAUACAAGGGCGUGGAUCUGGUACCGUUGCCCGUACACCAUCAGCCAAGAAACUUGCAACCAGCACCGCCACAACACCUUCCAGGGGGACAGGUACAGACUCGAAUCAGGAUUCUCCCAGGAAUUUCACCGUCACUGUGAACGUCACCAUGUAAGCAUUUACUGUUAUGACUUGUUUGGUUUUGUCAAUUUUUUACACCAUUUCUGAAAAUAAUUGUACUUCA